UGCAUGGAGAGCAUGGGGCAGACAAAGAGGCAAGUCUGCGGGACUCUAGAGGCUUUCAAAAGCACACCACAUGCAGCUUGAAAAUGAACCACCUUUGAGAGUUUCAAAAAUUUGCAUCAGGAAGAAAAUGAUCUGAAUAAAGUUUUGCAUGCUCUCAAACAUGCCAACAUCUUAAAGAGAAACAUCCAAGUAGGUGUUUUGAUAAAAUCCAACUGCAGGAAUGGGCACUGAAAAUGGGACCUGUAUUGACAGUGUGAAUGUGGAGCAGAAUGGGGGUCCAGCCAUCAGUGCUUUGAUGUUCGCAGCUGGAGCGAUCGGGAACGUGCUUGCGCUGGUUCUCCUGGAGUUUCGGAGGAGGAAAGAAAAGAACCGGCAGCGGCAGUCUCUUUUCCAUUUGUUGGUGACCACUUUGGUUAUUACGGAUCUAACGGGAACCUGUCUGACCAGUCCUGUGGUUCAAACGGCGUAUUUGACCAACACCACAUUGGUUGGGAUGAGCAAGACUCAUGCGGUGUGUGAGUAUUUUGGAUUUGCCAUGACUUUCUUAAGUUUGGCCACACUUUCUAUCCUCCUGGCGAUGGCACUGGAAAGAUGCAUCUCCAUCGGGUAUCCGUAUCACUACGGGAGGCACAUCACCAAACGCUGCGGAUACAUCACCAUCCCUUGUAUUUAUCUAGCCUGCUUUCUGUUCUGCCUGAUGCCGUUUGCAGGGUUUGGGAAAUAUGUGCAAUACUGUCCCGGGACCUGGUGUUUCAUUGCCAUGAAUUCGGAGGAGAUCGAAGACCGAGCGUAUGCCAAUGUUUACGCCACGGUGAUGCUGUUUAUUAUGAUCAUUAUAGUGGUGUGCAACUGUUUUGUGGUUUAUCAUCUGGUGCUGAUGUACCGGAGGCGCAAGAUGAACCGGGGUUCAGUGCAGACCAGGAGCAAAAGGAACAGGAGGUACUUCUCGUGGGCAGAGGAGGUGGAACAUCUCAUUCUUCUGGUCUUCAUGACUGUCAUCUUCGUCAUUUGUUUCCUGCCGUUAAUAGUAAGAUUUAUUGUAUGUGAUUGUAAUGAAAGAAAAUAACUACAGUUGAAGUCUGAAUUAUUAGCCCUCCUGAAUUAUUUGUCCCCUGUAUAUUUUUCCCCCAAUUUCUGUUUAACAGAGAGCAGAUUUUUUCAACACAUUUCUAAACGUAAUAGUUUUAAUAAUUAAUUUCAAAUAACCGAUUUCUUUUAUCUUUGCCAUGAUGACAGUAAAUAAUAUUUUACAAAUUAUUUUUCAAGACACUAGUAUUCAGCUUAAAGGGCAAUUUAAAGGCUUAACUAGGUUAAUUAGGAAAGAUAUUAAGUAAUUAAGCAAGAUAUUGUAUAAUAAGGGUUUGUUCUGAAGAGAUAAUUAGAAAAAAAUAUAUAGCUUAAGAGGGUUAAUAAUAUUGACCAUAAAAUGGUUUUUAAAAAGCUUAAAACUGCUUUUAUUCUAGCCAAAAUGAAGCAAAUAAGACUUUUUCCAGAAGAAUUAAUAUAGGAAAUACUGUGACAAUUUGCUUGCUCUGGUAAAUCACAGGAGGGCUAAUCUUUUUGACUUCAACUAUAAUUUGUCAUUUUCUAAAUGUUACCAAUUAAUUUAUUUACACAUUUGCAGAUUAAUUCAUAUGCAAAAUUUCCCUUAGGCAUUAAUAAAGUAUUUUGUAAAGGCAGAAAAUAUCAUAUUUGACCAGGGUUAUUUCUUUAAUAUUGAGCAGCUAUUGUGGGCUUUAUUAGCAGUUUAAAUAGUUUUAUCUUAAUCAUUUAAAUUUGUUGUUAAAGUAAUAAACUACACUAUAAUUAUUUAUUGUGAAGUUUUUAUUAUCCAAAUAUACUUUCAACUCAUUUUCAUACUGUAAAAAAUAUCUGUUAAUUAGCAGUUUCUGUGUUUUGUGGCUCACAUAGUGUUUUCUGUUUAUGCAUUAUGGGAGUUUUAUCUCUGCUCCGUCACUUUUGAUGUUGAAAAAAAGUCAACACUGCAGAUUAAGAAAGUGACUUUUAGAGACAUUUUAGUAGUUUGAGGCAAUACUUGUUUAAGAAAUAGUAUAGAAAGGAAUAGGUCUGUAAAAUUACAGAAACAAUACAGGUAGUUUGUUACCAGGUUUUUGUACUGUAUUAUACAACACAAGCCCAGACAAUAUAUCACUUUACACUGUUAAAAAUGCCAACAAGAGUCACUUUUCAAACUUUUCAACAUUGAAAGCUUUUGGGGGAAAGAUUAAAAUCUCAUAAUGCAAUUCAAAAGCAUAAAUAAUUGAAAAACAUGAAUCAACAAA